AUGUCAAAAAAUGUGCUAGUUGUUGGUGGCGGAGGCCGUGAACAUGCUAUAGUUUGGAAACUUUCCCAAAGUACAAAAGUAAACAAAAUAUUUGUCAGCCCAGGUAGCUAUGGAAUUCAACAGGUGGCAAAAGCCGAGUCGGUAACUUUGGGUAUUAAACAAUUUAAAGAUGUUGUGAAGUUUUGUAAAGAUAAUGAAAUCAGCUUGGUAGCAGUUGGCCCAGAGGAUCCAUUGGCAAAUGGAAUAGCUGAUGCCCUUUUAGCAGCAGGAAUUAAAGUUUUUGGACCACAAAAAGAUGCAGCACAAAUUGAAUCAGACAAAAAUUGGGCUAAAGCCUUUAUGGAUAAACAUCAAAUACCAACUGCCAGAUGGAAAUCUUUUACUAAUGCCCAACAGGCGAAGAAUUUCAUAAACAGUGCCCCAUAUGCUGCUCUUGUCGUAAAAGCAAGUGGAUUAGCAGCUGGUAAAGGUGUAGUUGUUGCAAAAGACAAAAUCGAAGCAUGUAGAGCAGUUGAUGAAAUCUUGGGUGAUAAAAAGUUUGGAUCUGCCGGAGAAACAGUCGUCAUUGAAGAACUGCUUUCUGGCGAAGAAGUGUCAGUCUUAGCGUUUUCAGAUGGAACAACUGUAAAAGCUAUGUUGCCGGCUCAAGAUCACAAGAGAAUUUUUGAUAAUGAUCAAGGACCAAACACGGGAGGAAUGGGGGCAUAUUGUCCAUGCCCACUCUUAAGUGACGAACAAUACAAAUUUGUACAGAAGGAAUUCUUGAAAGAGCGAUUGAUGGUUUUAAGAAAGAUAACUUAAAAUUUGUAGGUGUAUUAUAUGCAGGCUUAAUGUUGACCCCAGAUGGUCCUAAAACUUUAGAAUUUAAUUGCCGCUUUGGAGACCCAGAAACAGAAGUCGUAUUACCAUUGCUUGAGUCUGAUUUAUAUGACAUUAUGUUAUCUUGUGCUGAAGGAACCUUGGAUAAACAAGAUAUAAAAUGGAAGCAAAACAUUAGUGCUGUAGGAGUAGUGUUAGCAUCUAGGGGAUAUCCAGAAACGUCAAGUAAAGGACAAGUAAUUUCAGGAAUAGAAAAAGUUGCAUUAAAUACGGACCAUAUUGUUUUCCAUUGCGGUACAGCCCUAAAAGACGGACAUGUUGUCACAAAUGGUGGUCGAGUGUUGAUAUCUGUAGCAUUAGCACCACAACUUCCAGUCGCUGCCGCUAAAGCUACAAAAUCUUGUGAAAUCAUCCGAUUUGAUGGACAACAAUAUCGCAGAGAUAUAUCACAUAAAGGAAUUGCAAGGGCUAUUCUUCAGUCUGGCAAACUCACUUAUAAACAGAGCGGCGUUGACAUAGAUGCCGGUAACGAUUUAGUUAAUCAUAUUAAACCAGCAGCUAAAUCGACAAAUAGAACUGGUACUAUGGGAAGUUUAGGUGGAUUUGGAGGUUUAUUUGAUACCAAAGCUGCAGGCUACAAGGACCCACUUCUCGUUUCUGGUACUGAUGGAGUUGGAACUAAAUUGAAGAUUGCCCAAGCUACUGGCGUUCACGAUACAAUUGGAAUAGAUCUUGUAGCCAUGUGCGUUAAUGACAUAUUAGCUCAUGGAGCAGAACCUUUAUUCUUUUUGGACUACUUCGCCUGUGGUAAUUUGGAUGUACAAGUAGCCAAGCAAGUCGUAACAGGAAUUGCAGAUGGAUGUAGACAAGCAGGAUGUUGUCUGAUAGGUGGAGAAACAGCAGAAAUGCCUGACAUGUACAAGCCUGGAGACUACGACCUGGCAGGUUUUGCAGUUGGAGCCGUCGAAAGGAAUCAGUUGAUGCCUCACAUUCAAGAUAUUAAACCUGGAGAUGUUGUAAUUGGUUUACCGUCAUCAGGAGUUCACAGUAAUGGUUUUAGUUUGGUGAGAAAGGUCAUGAAACUGGCGGCGAAAGAUUACAAUAGUGUUGCUCCAUUCAGUAAAUCAAAUAGGACAUUUGGUGCUGAAUUAUUGACUCCCACGAAAAUCUACGUAAAAUCCGUCAUUCCAGCCAUCAAGACAGGCAAAGUUAAGGCUUUCGCCCAUAUUACUGGAGGAGGUUUGCUAGAAAAUAUCCCUAGAAUACUUCCGGAUAACGUGGCGGUUGAACUUGAUGCUACCAAAUGGUCUAUUCCCGAAGUAUUUCCCUGGUUAGCAACCGCCGGGGGUGUUCAUCAAGUAGAACUUCUUAGGACCUUUAACUGUGGACUUGGAGGAGUUUUGGUUGUUAAAUCAGAAGAUUCCGAUGCUGUUUGGAAUUUGGUAAAGAACGAAGGGGCUACAAUUGUUGGAAAAGUUGUCAAAAAGGAAAGAGAUCAAGUGAUAGUUCACAACUUCUCUGAAGUGAUGGAAGCUUCAAUGAGAAAAUACGUCCCAAGCGUCGUAGAAAAUACACCUAGUUUGAAGAAAAGAGUAGGAGUUUUAAUCUCAGGAAGCGGCACCAACUUGCAAGCGCUCAUUGACGCAACUCAAGAUCCUCUGCAACAAAUUGGAGCCGAUAUAGUGUUAGUAAUCUCGAAUAAACCAGGUGUUUGAAGGACUGAAGAGAGCCGAGAGGGCCGGCAUUCCAACAAAAGUAUUGAGCCACAAAGAUUAUUCCAGUAGAUUAGAAUACGACAUGUCACUUCAUAAAGAGCUGGUAGCAGCAGGAGUGGAUAUUAUCUGUUUAGCAGGAUUCAUGAGAAUAUUAACCGGAGAAUUUACAAGAAAAUGGAAAGGAAGGUUGCUCAACGUACAUCCUGCGUUGUUACCACUUUUUAAGGGUGUCGAUGCUCAGAAGCAAGCUCUAGAAUCUGGCGUUAGGAUUGCAGGCUGUAGUGUACAUUUUGUUGAGGAAGACGUGGAUGCUGGUGCUAUAAUAGCCCAAGAAUCAGUCCCUAUAGAGCUGGAUGACACCGUACAUUCCCUUACAGAAAGAAUAAAAACCGCCGAGCACAGAGCUUUUCCGAAAGCGUUAAAACUUCUAGCUUCGGAUAAAAUUAGAUUAGGAGACGAUAAUAAAAUUAUCUGGUCUUGA